UCAGUAACUUCUCGACCUUAGGAGAAAUCAGCGAAUCGGGCUCCAGUGGUCCUCCGUCAUCAGUUACGAUAGAGACGCCGGCUUGUUGUUUUGACCAAUUGCGCCACGCAUUGUCGCCUGACCAUACGGGUCGUCAUAGUUUCCGCGCUUCCUGUAAUUUGUUUAUACCGAAGCAAGGGAAGCCUAUUUGACGUUAAAAAUCGUCAGACUUCAAGGCCUGCACUAUGACGCAGGUGCAAAGAGGCAGCUGGAUUCAGGAAAAAAUUGAUCUCAUCAAAAGUGAAAUCGUCAGAGAUGACGUGGUGGACGGUUGGUUCUUGAUGGGUAGUGUAUGGCCAAUCGCGGCGAUCAUCAGCGUAUAUUUGAUUUUUGUUCUCAAAGUUGGUCCCAAAUUCAUGGAGAAAAGAAAGCCCCUCGAGAUGAAAGGCAUUAUGUUAGCAUACAACUUAUUUCAAGUCUUUCAGAAUGGUUGGCUCGUGUGGCUGCUGUUCUCAUACCCAGGGAGUAUGACUUACACGGCAAAGCACAUUUGCACGCCUCUUGGGAGAAACAACAAUCCAUUCUUUAUACCCAUUUGCGCCGGUUCAUGGCAUUUUUUCAUGUCAAAAGUUUAUGAUCUUUUAGAUACGGUAUUUUUCGUCCUCAGAAAAAAACAAUCUCAUGUUACUUUUCUCCAUGUCUACCAUCAUGCUAACAUGGUUCUCGCAAGUUGGGCGUACCUGAAAUACAUGAAAGGUGAACAAGCGGUGUUCAUCGGAGUUUUGAACGCUUUCGUCCAUGUCGUCAUGUACUCGUAUUACUUCUUGUCAGCUUUGGGACCGUCCGUUCAAAAAUACCUUUGGUGGAAGAAGUACAUCACUAAACUUCAAAUUACUCAAUUCGUAAUGAUUAUCACUUUUGUGAGUGUUUUAUUGUGGUUCAACUGCAAAAUUCUACUCUCAUAUGCUUUAUACGCCUCAGUAAACGCCUUCAUAUUCCUCAUUCUCUUCCUCAACUUUUACGCUAAAACUUACAACAAAAAAAGGGAAGUUCGUACCACAGAGGACAAAAAUAAGUGAAACGUUCAUUCUCCAUCAACCAUCAUGGAAAAUACACUUGUAUAUACAAAAUCUGGACGGGAGAAGAGCUGUUUUGGAACCCUGAGAUAAAGUAGUCUCUAUCAAUGAGUCAACGUUCGUAAACCUCGUGUCUCUUUUUGUGAAAUGACUAUUAUUUGUUCAUAUUUAUCUAGAAUUUUGUAAAUGAUAAUUUUUAAAACGAAGCAUGUGGGAUCAAAAGUGCGCAAAUCGAUCGCAGCAUUUUUACAAUUGCACAAUUUGAUUUUGAUUUUGAUUCAUAGGUAAAUGAAGGAGUAAGAGCCAGAUGGGCUUUAUUGCAUUAAAACGUCACAAAGUUUCAGUAUCGAAAGAUUUUUCUGUUUUAACGAAAAUUUCCUGAAAUAUUCUCUGCAAAAUGUACAUUUUUUAAUGAAUAAAGUAGUAAGUUGUGAGGUAAAAUUUUGCAAGGCAAUCAGGUCCUCCUGAAUUUCACUCCUUCAAUUGUAUUUAUCCAAAAUCACCCAUAAAUAUUACACCUUCAUGAACGAAUCCGUGCAGUGGUUGAAUUUUCAGAGGGAAAGUUGCGUACCUACAUACA